ACGUUUCUAUCGAUAGGAUAUCAAAAUGAGGAUCUAAUCUAGAAUGUAACUGCCGAAUGUCGAUAUUGACUGUCGAUAGUCACUUGUUUUUGACUUUGAAAAAUGGCGAAUGGAAUGUUAAAGGCUACGUUUGUCUAGACGUAAAAAGACAGUUGUUGAGCUUUAAUUAUUGUGUAUUCUUUUGCGAUUUUCUUCUAAGAUUAAUUCUUGAUUCACUGUUCAAAUAUUAUUUAAUAAUUCUUUAGUAAUAUAAUAUAACGGACUUAUGUUAAAAAAUUAUUGGUUUGCCAAUAAGCAAAAUAUUUUCUAUAAAUGUAGAUGCCAGAAGCUUUCCAAUCAAAAUCGUGACCUUCGAAAAAGCGUAGAUAUAUUUUCAAUACUUAUUAUGAUCAAUAUAGACAACCUUUUCCUAAUUGAAUCAUAUUAUACCUUAAAUUUAAACUUUUUAUUCUCAAUGCAAUUAAAGUUGUCCCAGUAAUUGUACCUCCGAUCCCUUUGGCCGUACCAAAGGACUGAGAGCACUUAACGUUGAGACCUCAUCCCUCUGGAGUUGAUUGACCUUAGCGAGCCUGCGUUUGAUAAAAACGCCGGGAGGCCGUGCCAUGUGCUCGUAUUUUCAGUCUCUCUGAAGAAAAGCGCCAGUCGGCAACGAGCCGUCGUCGAGGCCACACGCGUCCCGCGAGCCUCUCAAAGCUCUGCGCCGCGUAAAUAACUUCGAUACAUAAUACGAGACUAUUGAGACUCCACUUUCCUGUCUAUAAUAAAAUUUCAAGUGUUUCUAUUGGAAGAAGAUAUUUUAUAUCAUCAUAAAAAUCAGUGAUAAUUACUUUGCAAACGUUUGAAAAAGAUCUUAAAACUUUUUUGUGUUUUUUAAGGGAGUAAGUUCAGACAUUAACUCUUCGCACCCAAUCAUCUUUGAAAUACGGGCUUGGAAUUAAUCGUAGUGAUAAAGACUACGCUCAUCUGUGCUCGAUGAAAUGUAAAUUGUAAUGUGAGGACAUAAUAAUGAAAGUUUUCUUGAUAUAGUUCGAAAACAAUCGCGUGUAGUGGUGAUUCAAUUAUAUGCUUUGACUGGCGGUUUCCUGCGACGACGUUGAACGGAAGUCCACGAUACGAAGUCCGAGUCAGUUAGAAAUAGCUGGUUCAUCAACAGAACGAUUUUCUCAACAUAUCUACUGGAUCACGGUAUAAACUAUACGGAGGACCGUAGCGGCGAGAUACCAGCGCUUCCUGACCAGCUGUGACCCUAUAACCUCGCACAUCGACAAAAUGCCUUAUCACCGCACUAUUACCAACUUAUUGACCGGGAAGGUUCGUUAUCAGUCGCCAACGAAACCCGCCAGCGUAAACAUGAACAUGAAAUAAGUGAUAUGAACUCAAUUAACGUGAUACACUUGUGGACGAAUGAUGUGCGUUAAAUCUUUAAAAUGGGUGAUCUGCUACCGAGUAUACCGAGGAGUACGUUCGCGAGUGAGGUAGACGGAGGGAACUACAGCCUCGAGGGCCCGAGAGUGACGGAGUACCGGUCUGACGCGGAGCUGGCUGCUGUGGAGCUGUUCCGUGACUACCCGGAGCCACUGCUUCGCUUCGCUUCCGUGUGCUGCGUGCUCUUCAUGCUUGUCGGCAUCCCUGGCAACCUCAUCACCAUUGUUGCACUUGCAAGGUGCAAGAAGGUUCGCAACGCUACCGCAGUGUUCAUAAUGAACCUGUCAUGCUCCGACCUCUUGUUCUGCUGCUUCAACCUGCCGCUCGCUGCGUCCACCUUCUGGCGCCGUUCCUGGGCUCACGGCAGAAUCCUCUGUCGAAUGUUCCCCCUCGCGAGAUACGCACUCGUUGCAGUAUCUCUCUUCACGGUCCUGGCUAUCACAAUCAACAGAUAUGUGAUGAUCUCCCAUCCACGUCUAUACCCCAAGUUGUAUCGACGUCAAUACUUAGCAGUAAUGGUGGCUAGUACUUGGGCUUUCUCAUUUGGAGCAUUAAUAGCAACGUGGUUAGAAAAAUGGGGCAGAUUUGGCUUGGAUCCUACGAUUGGUUCCUGUUCAAUACUUCCCGACAAAAAUAAUCGAUCUCCGAAAGAAUUCCUCUUUGUGGGUGCCUUCAUGUUGCCCUGUCUGGCCAUUGUGAUUUGCUAUGCUAGGAUAUUUUGCAUUGUCAGAGAAGCAGCAAGAAAGUCACGAGCCCCAGCACGAGGGCGAUCUCGGCCAGGCUUAGAAGACUCUGCAGUUGGUUCAGCUUCAACAGCACUGGAACGAUCUCCUGGCCCCGAAAAUGGAAUCAAUCAUGUAGCUCCACCUAGAAGGGCUCUCCUAGCACCACCAGCACUGCACUGUCCUCCGACGCCCGGACCUGAGCGGUCCUCUUCGUCUGGUGUUGAUACAUUAGAUGGCCAUGACGAGGAAUGCGCACUGGACGCUAAGCCUAGAACACCGAGUGGUGGUGAAACUGCUAAACGUCUUAGACAAGCUGCAGUCGCAUUAAGACGAUCGCCAGCCUCUGUAAGGCCACCUCGACUGACGCCAAAAGACAGAAAGUUACUAAAGAUGAUAAUGGCAAUAAUGUUAUCGUUUUGGGUGUGUUACUUGCCCAUAACUUUGACGAAGAUAUUUCGAGAGUUUACGUCGCAUCCAGCGGCGAAUAUAGCGGGGUAUAUACUGAUAUACCUGACGACGUGUAUCAACCCAAUCAUUUAUGUGGUGAUGUCGUCUGAGUACCGGCAGGCGUACAAGAACCUGCUAAUGUGUCGUCGCUGGGCGUGACGUUCGCCCGGCGAUGGCGCCUC